GCUCUAGAAACAUGCCACUCCUUUUUUAAUAAUCCAAUAAUAAUUGAGGUAUUUGUGUAAUUACAAUACAACACGAACAAAUCAGGUCAGAAAAUUUUCAUAGUCAUUAUAACGGAAAGUUCUAAUGGCCGCAGUCUUCAAUGAUAAUACAAUGUCGGAUUCAUUUAUAAAGCGUCUGCCCGCUAUGUCUAGUCUGUCUGCAUUGGAUGUCUGGAAUCAUCAGUAUCGCAAGACACAAAAGCAUCUAGCACAAGAUAACAAAAUUUGAAGAUGUCACUCACGCCUCAGCAAAUCGACAUUAUCAAGGCCACAGUACCUGUCGUACAAGAGCAUGGCACCAAAAUCACUACCACCUUCUACAAAAAUGUCCUCGCUGCCAACCCAGCGUUGAAUAAUAUCUUCAACCAAACCAACCAAAAGAAUGGAGAUCAGCCACGUGCCUUGGCAGGCGCUCUUGCUGCUUAUGCAGCGAAUAUCGACAACCUCGCUGUACUUUCGAAUGCAGUGGAAAGGAUAUGUCAAAAGCAUGCCUCAUUAUUCAUACGACCGGAACACUAUCCCAUCGUUGGAAAAUACCUCUUAGAAGCAAUGGGCGAAGUACUUGGUGCAGCAUUAACGCCAGAAAUCCUAGACGCAUGGACAGCCGCGUAUGAACAAUUGGCCAAUAUCAUGAUCAAUAGAGAAGCGCAAUUGUAUCAAGAAGCUGGUGAGUGGAAAGAAUGGAGAGACUUCAGGAUCGCAAAGAAAGUCAAGGAAUCCAGCAUUAUCACCUCUUUCUACCUGGAACCCGUGGAUGGAAAACUUCUUCCUCUUUUUAAACCUGGGCAGUAUAUCUCGGUCCAGAUCCAAAUACCACAAUUUGGAUACAUGCAGUCCAGACAAUACUCGUUGAGCGAUCGCCCAAAUGAGAAUUACUAUCGCAUUAGUGUAAAGCGCGAAGAUGCCCUUGUCUUACCGGAAGUCAACACAUCCGUGGAAGCAGGUGUUAUUUCGAAUGCACUUCACGAUACGAAACACGAGGGUGAUAUAAUACAAGUUUCUCCACCACAGGGUGAAUUCUUCCUCGAUCUACACACGAACACCGAUUCUCCUGUAGUUUUGAUCUCCGCCGGAGUCGGCGUUACACCCAUGGUCUCGAUACUAAACACCCUAGUAGAAAGUGGAAGCACCAGACCAAUAUCAUAUGUCCACGCAGCACGCAGCAAGGAAGUGGACGCAUUCCAUGGACAUGUUCAGGAAAUUGCGACGACGCACUCGAACAUCAAUUCUUGGGUUUUCGUCAAGAAUCUACCAGCUGAUGAGUAUGGACACCCGAUUGUUGAUCUUGCUGGACGAAUGGAUUUAUCAAAAGUCAAGGAUGAUGCAUUGCAUCUGGAUGGUUCUUCGACAACUUAUUUUAUUUGUGGACCAGCGGGUUUCAUGAAUGACAUGAGUGAAAGUUUACAAACAUUUGGUGUGAGUGAGGAGCGUAUUAAGUUGGAGGUUUUUGGGACAGGGGAGCUCAGUGAGGCAUAUCGGGUCAGAAUCUGAUGCCGUACAAAGUAUGAGAAGUGUACAAAAAGGAUUGAUAGAAGUUUAAACUCCACUAAAAUGACACAUGAUACCACCCACCGACCAUACAAUCCACAUUAACCAGAAUCUUGAACUUAACCAUGAAUUUAUUCUAUCACACUAAUCCUCGGAGGUGCCAGAUUUAUAGACAUCUCCACCACUUGCCUCCGCUCAUGCACAACACACACAUCCAACCUCUACUUAAGCGAAAGAAAUCCCCCGUCCAAAUCACAAACAAAAGCGGAAUCCGACCAAAAAUCUUCGUGGGGGGUGCAGGGCAAUUAGAUAAUUCGGCAUUUUAAUGAAUUU